UCUUCUCUAGUAGUCUAUUAAAAGAUAACGUUACUGCGACUUACGAAGGAAUUAAUAGUUAUGUUUAUAUAAAAGAAGUUCAUCCGUUUUUUGUGACACAGAGUCUUGAAUCAGUUACUCUGUGUUGUCAGAGUACUACAUAAUACGAAAAUGGCUGCUCCUAUAAAGGCAACUGUAAAAAAAGUGAAACCAAUUCUUUCUCUUAAUCCGCAAGAUGCACGUAAAAGAGUAAUACAGUUAUACAAGGCCUGGUAUCGAGAAAUUCCUCUUGUCAAACUGAAUUAUGAUAUUCCAAAAUCAGAGAACGAUUGUAGGAUAAAGUUGAGAGAAAUGUUUGUACGUAAUGCCAAAGUCACAGACAUAAGAGUUAUAGAUCUACUUGUCAUUAAGGGUCAAAUGGAGCUUCAAGAAGUUGCAAUGUUGUGGAAACCAAAAGGAUGUCUUAUGAAUUAUUGGAAAGAGACAGAGGAACCAAAGCCAACCGACUUCAUGUCCAAAUUCCUUUCGGGUCAGGACACGACCAUAUAGUUCUACUUUGUAUAAGAAUAAGUACACGUAAAUACUUCUUACUAGUACUUGUAUAGUAAAUUACCUAUAACUUAUACGAACGAUGUGUAUAUAUGCCGUACGCGCGAUGCUGUCUGUAAAAUAAAAUUGAAAAGGGAAACAAAA